AUGAAAUCCUUGAUCGCCUCGGCCGCAUUCAUUGCUGGCGCUCUUGCGCAGGGCGCAGCUUAUGCUCAAUGUGGAGGCCAGGGAUGGACUGGAGCGACAACAUGUGUGUCUGGAUACACGUGCACGUACUCCAACCAGUACUACUCCCAGUGUCUUCCUGGCAGCGCAUCGACUACGCUGUCAACUUCCGCCCGGCCCAGCACGACCUCAUCGUCCCAGCCGAGCGCGACGACCUCGAAGGCACCUUCAGCUACAGGAGGCUGGAAGUUCCUUGGCGUGGAUGAGUCUGGAGCCGAAUUUGGCAACCAGAACUUCCCCGGAACCUAUGGGAAAGACUUCAUAUUCCCAGACAACACAGCUCUUCAGACCUUGAUCAGCUCGGGCUAUAACGCCCUCCGCGUUCCCUUCUCCAUGGAGAGAAUGGUUACUGGCAACACGAUCUCGUCCUCAUUGGCAACCGCAUAUCUUAACAACUACACCGCAACGGUAAACUUCAUUACCAAUGCCGGAGGCUACGCCAUCAUUGACCCGCACAACUACGGUCGGUUCUACGGCAACAUCAUCACCGACACCGCCGGCUUCCAGACCUUCUGGAAGAACCUCGCCAGCGUGUACAAGAGCAACUCCAAGGUCAUCUUCGAUACCAAUAAUGAGUACCACGAUAUGGACCAGACGCUCGUUUUGAACCUGAACCAGGCCGCCAUCAAUGGUAUUCGUGCCGCAGGCGCAACCUCGCAGUACAUCUUUGUCGAGGGUAACUCGUACUCGGGUGCUUGGACUUGGACUCAGGUCAACGACAACCUCAAGGCCCUGACAGACCCCCAAAACAAGAUCGUCUACGAAAUGCACCAGUACCUCGACUCGGACGGCUCGGGUACGUCUGCUACCUGCGUGUCGGGGACCAUCGGCGCAGAGCGCGUUGCCAGUGCGACUCAGUGGCUCAAGACUAACGGCAAGCUCGGAAUCAUCGGCGAGUUUGCGGGAGGCGCCAACGACCAGUGCAAAUCCGCCGUCACUGGGCUGCUCAACACUCUCAAGUCGAACUCCGAUGUCUGGCUCGGUGCUCUCUGGUGGGGAGGUGGACCAUGGUGGGGCGACUAUAUCUAUAGCUAUGAGCCGCCUAGCGGGAUUGGCUACAAGUACUAUGACUCUUUGCUCAGGACGUACAAGCCUUGA